AUGGCGACCCUGCACCGCACAGACUCGGCGCUCACGGGCCUGGACGAAGACGUGCUGUGGGACAUGAUGGAGAGCCACCGGCACAGGAUCGUGAGCCGCGUCUGCCCCAGCCGCCUCACGCCCUACCUGCGCCAGGCCAAGGUGCUGGACCAGCUGGACGAGGAGGAGGUGCUCCACAGCCCCCGGUUCACCAACACGGCCAUGAGAGUCGGACACCUGCUGGACUUGCUGCAGGCGCGGGGGAAGAACGGCGCCGUUGCCUUCCUGGAGAGCCUCAAGUUCCACAACCCGGACCUGUACACGCUGCUCACGGGGCUGCAGCCCGCAGGGGACUUCAGCAGCUUCAGUGCCCAGCCGGCCCAGCCCGGGAGAGGUUAUAAGAAGUUGGUCCAGGACCUGGAGGCCAAAGUGGCUACCUCAGGAGAUUCCUUCUACAUCCGGGUCAACCUGGCCCUGGAGGCGCAGGCAGUGGGGGAGCUGCAGGUCCAGUGCAAUGACAUCCUGCACGUCACCGACACCAUGUUCCGGGGCCGUGACUGCUGGCACGCCUGCCGCGUGGGCCCCUAUGGCACAAAGGGCACCGAGCGCGGCACUGUCCCCAACUACGCAGGGGCUCAGCAGCGGCUCAUCGCCCUGAUCCAGGACAUGGCUCAGCAGAGUCCCGGCGCCCGCAAGCCGCCUUCCGGGGGACCCCAGAAGCUGGUCCGCAUCGUCAGCGUGGACAGAACCACGGCCAGCCCUCUGCGCUCAUCCUUGGAGGGGGCCCUGUCGGAGCGCAGCAGGCCGGAAGAGCCUGCCAGCUCCACCGCGUGCUUCUGGGCCGAGAGCUGCUUCACCCUGGUGCCCUACAGCCUGGUGCACCCCUGCAGGCCCGGCCGGCCCCGGCCCGUGCUCUUCGUGCCCAGGGUGGUCGGCAGGAUCCUGAGCGAGAGGCUGCACCUCCUCCAGGGGUUCGAGAAGUGCGCCGCAGAGUACUUGAGCCAGGAGGAGUAUGAAGCCUCCAGCCGGAGGGGGGACAUCAUUCAGGAGAAGGAGGGGUCUGGUGGCCGCUACUGGGUGACCUGCCGGGCCAUCGAGUGCCUCAUGGAAAAGAACACCCACGCCCUCCUGGACAUCCGGCUGGACCGCGUCUGUGCCCUGCAUGGGAUGGACAUCUUCCCCAUUGUGAUCCACAUCCCCGUCCACGAGAAGGCAGCAAGGAAGCUCAAGAAGGCCCUGCAGCGGCUCAGCACCUCGGAGGAGCAGCUCCUGGAGGCCGGCCGGCAGGAGGAGGGCACGCUGGACAGAGUGCCCUGUCUGUGCAGCAGCCUGGCCCCCGACGGCUGGAGCGACCUGGAGACCCUGCUGGGCUGUGUCCGCUCGGCCAUCACAGAUGAGCAGAAGAAGGUUGUGUGGACGGAGCAGAGCCCCCGCUGACACCCCCAGAGGCCCCUCCAGCCCCCACGGGGGUCCCUGACGCCGCAGUCCUGUGCCUCACACACGACCUUGGGGGUGUUCACUAGACAGGCCCGGUUCUCCGGGCACCUGCUCCCCUCUCCCUCUGGGGUCCACCCUUGAACCCACACUCUGUGUCGAUGGGAAAGGACACAAUGGGCAUUCGGACCGUCUCCUCCUCCUGCAUGGCUCCGUGCGGUCUGAGCCGGAGGCCCCGAGAGCACUCCGCGGGGGGCAGCCCCUGAGCGCUCCCAUCGCUGGAGGUCCCACAUGCCCAGAAAGCGGUCGGACCCAAAUCAAAGGGCUGGUUCCAAAGCCCUGGUGGCAGCAGCCCGGGAGCCCUGAGGACCCCUGCGGUGGCUCCCUCCUUGCCCUCCUGGAGUCAGCCUGCCUUCCUCAGCUCCUGACGGCUGGCACGUGCUUCAGGGACUCUAGCGAAGAGAGACGUGUGCGUGUCCCGGGAAGCCUGGUUGUUUCCCAGUGAUGGAAGCAGUAUUUUCAGUGGUGCCUGGCGGCUUUGGGGGCCCCACGGCGGGGUCCUGGGGGAGCCUCCCACAGACACAUCGCUCCCCCUCAGCCUGGGAACUGGGCGCCCCCGUAGCUCCUCGCCCAGAGUAAAACACCUUCACUCCACCUCCAGAGGGCGUGGCUUGGGCAAGGACCCCCGGGGUCCCCUCACCCCCGGCUUUGCCUCACAGCGUCACAGACUGACGGAUUUUUGGCAGCCACGGCCCUGAGUCGGAGCGCCUUAGGCAGCUGCUCUAGAAAGCAGGGCUCCAAGAUCACAGACGAGGUCAGCGUGUGAACUUCUGUAUAUUUUAUUGAAAUAAAGCUUUUGCAGUGCCCUGGA